CAUAAUCCUUCAUUUAACAGUAGACUAUGUUUUCGACGUUCUCGUGUGUCCAGUUAGACAUUCAAUACAGAGACGACGCACCGCCGACCAGUGAGUUUAUAAGCGCAUGAUGAUGAUGAUAUUGCGAAGUUCAUGAAAACAGGAAAAGUUCGGAAUAGUACUAUGGUAUGACCGGGAAAGAGCGUCUGUUUAAGCCAGGGAACCCCCAACGUGAAUAUCUGCGGUGCUGCUUUAGAAAGGAUCUCCUGAGUGAGAGUGUCCUCGAUCGAUCGAUCGAAGAAGAAGCUCGCGCUCAGGGAGGAUCGCCAUAAAGCCCCUCCGCCGGUGCCUGGCGGUCACACACACAGCUCGUGCCCCACUGGACGUGAUGUGGACUUCUGAGGGGAGACUCGCCUCGUUGCUCUAGUGCGUGAGGAGCACAUGAAGACAUGGAUGUGCUGAAGGUGCUCGGAGCUCUUCUCGCUCUCUGCCACUGCUCGGCAUCCGCCGCGUCCAAACUCUUCAGCGCUGACUUUUACGAGCCCAGAGGUCAGAGGAUUUGCCGGCGCGGCACAGAGAAACCCUGCUACAAGAUUGCGUACUUCCAGGAUAGCCGGCGCAAGAUGAACUUCGAGGAGGCCAGUCGGGCGUGCCGCAGCGAUGGCGGGGAGCUGCUCAGCAUCGAGUCCGAAAAUGAACAGCGGCUAAUUGAGACCUUCAUCCAGGAGCUGCGGGCCGCUGACGGUGACUUCUGGAUUGGACUCCAUAGGGAGCCAGGCUACCAGGAGACCAGCAGCAACUGCCAUGCACUGUACCACUGGCUGGACGGCAGCCAGGCCACCUUCAGGAACUGGCAUGGAGAUGAGCCUUCCUGCGGAUACGAGGUGUGUGUGGUCAUGUACCACCAGCCCUCGGCACCCCCGGGCCAUGGAGGGCUCUACAUGUUCCAGUGGAACGAUGACAACUGUGACACCAAGAACAACUUCAUUUGCAAGUACACCCGAGAUAAGCGGACUCUCCCUACAACAACUGAGAACUUCACCAACACAGAUACUCCAACCAUUUCUCUGAGUCCAAAAUAUCCUUCAGUUACAAGUAAUGACAAAGAAGUAAAAGUGCGUGUCCCAGACCCAACAGACAAUGCUCUGAAUAUUGCCUACAUAGUCCUACCCACCAUCCCUCUGCUGCUGCUGCUGCUAGUGGCAACGGGGGUCUUCUGCUUCAAACUGCUCACCAGAAGGAAGAAGGAGCAGACUGAAACCUGCCCCAAGGAGCCGGGAUACUGGGUGUCAGCGGAGCGCUGCAACAGUCCGAGCCCGGAUGUGUACAACGUCAUCCGCAAGCAGCACGACGCAGACCUGGCCGGCACACGCCCCGACAUCAAGAACACCUCUUUCCUGGGCUCCUCACCAGACACUCCACCUGGAGACUACGACAACCUGACGGGCAGGGACACUGAGAGUGGCUUUGUGACGCUGGCCAGCACAGAGAGUGGUUUCGUCACCAACGACAUCUAUGAGACGUGUCACAGCCGGGGCCGCUACUGCCGUGAGACGGGGUGGGUGGACAAUGAGAUCUAUGGCUACUGAGUCACAGUAGGUGCCCCCAAGACCCUCCCUGUCCUUCUCACUGCUAGCUGGUGACCUGCUCUUCUAGCCAGAGCCCUCCUCCCCUUCAUGUGUUAGCACUGUGACUGCAAUGUCUGGUCCGCCCCCCUCUGCCCAGCCACCACAGGGAGGACCCGGUGGCUAUCGUCUCUCACAGGUUUCCUGUGUGAAGGCUGGCAGGCUGGGGUUCUGGAGAAGCUCACAGGAAACUGUCAUGAUGGCUCGCUGUUGAGUUUAAUACCUCCCCGAAUAAUACUGUUCUCAUUGGUCUUCCACCAAGACACAUCCCCCUCUCGAUCCCUCACGAUCUCUAUAUUGCUGGCCAGUCUCCGCACAUCAUUCUGACUCCAACUGCUGCCAGAGUCAUUCUGCCAUUGGAUUUUUUUUUGGGUGAGACACACAGAGGAGUGUUGGAAAGGGAACAGGGCUUCUUCGUAGUUUGCUUCGCUGCUGUUGCUGAAGUGCAACUCCACUUCAGAGUGAUCCUGUAUUCCCAUCGACUUGACUGCUCUUACUCCAGUGGGAAAUCAAAAGCAGGAGUCAUACAGAAUUGGGCCUCGAGUGAAUGAAACACAGUGCCACUGUGGAUUCAGUCAGUUUACAUGGAACAGUGUUAGGAUUGCUUCUCUUGGGUUUGCAUGGACUUGUAAUGCGGAGUCUUUUUUUUUUUUAACAAGGGAUACACUAGUUAAACGUGUAAGGUAAAGUGUAAUAGCUAAAGUCUUGUCCCAGCAACACUUUCCUGUAGAAAAACUAUGCCUGACUGAUCCUGAUACUGACUGCUGCACUUUUCACUGAUACUGGAAUGUGUUUGCCACUAGACCUUAAUAAAGCUCAAAAAAUAUGAUCCUGUCGAUUGUUGAGAAAAAAGCAUGGAAUCCUUCUGAGGUGAGAUUAUAAUGUCAAUCUUAACUUGCAUGGUUUGUCACUGUGUGUAAUGUUGAUCUGCCAGCACUGAAGAGGCCCCGCUCCCCCCCCAAUGUCCAGAUGUUAAACACAUUUACAAAUGAUGCAAAAAUAUGACAAACAUAUGUAUUCGCUGUGUAGGUGUGUUUUGUAUCGUGUUACGGUUGAGUUUUCAGUUCCUGGGGUUUUUUGUAAAGGCAAGCAUUUUUCAAGGCCUCCGUAUCACUUUUAAAUGCGGAUUUGCGGAUGUCAGGGGCACCCGCAAUUCUUCUGGGAAGCCUCCGUGUCUUUUUGGCAAAAGUUUGCUCACCAAACCUUGUGACAGACCCUGAGUGCUUAAUUCCGGUGAGAGCCGCAAGGGAACAGCUGUGUGUUGGAGGAGGAUGUCAGGGGCUGUGGAAGCACAUCUGGAGCACACAUGCAGGAAAUAUAGCCUUGAUGGAGGGGGCCUUUCAAGGCAGACCCCCCC